UCCCACCGAUGCAUCCACCCAGCGCCUAGGCUCGAGAUGGGUGCUCAGCAGCAAGGACAGGACACCGCCUUCCCCUACGCUGCUGCGCUUCUUCUUUUCCCUCCCUCUCGCGCUUGAGUGGCACAUCCUUUCUCCAAUCGUGUUUUCCCUGGCCGCCUUGGAUUGGCCGGCGAGGGUGAUCUGGAGGCGAGGGUGAUCACUUGGGCGCGAGGGAGAAGGUAAGAUGGCGGCGGCGACGACGACGACGACUGAGAUGUUGGCAUGAACAAAAUUCGCAUCCACGUUUUGCCUUCAAGUCGGGGACGACUCACCCCCGUGCCAAGGCCACAAGAGGCCUUGUCCUGUGCCUCUGCUCAUCGCCCAUGCUCCCAGCCUCGUUUGGAGGGACACGAGUUCUGUAUUAAACACAUUCUUGAAGACAGGAAUGCACCCUUCAAGCAGUGCAGCUACGUUUCCACUAAGAAUGGGAAGAGAUGCCCCAAUGCAGCUCCCAAGCCUGAGAAGAAGGAUGGCGUAUCAUUCUGUGCUGAACAUGCUCGCAGAAAUGCCCUGGCAAUACAAGCUCAGAUGAAGAAGUCCAAUCCUAGUCCUGUACGAGAGUCCCUCCUCUGUCAGCUGAGCUCCUAUGCCAAGCCCGAGCUGGGGUCCCAAUCUGCAGAGAGCAGCCGCAGUGAGGCUAGCAGGAUCCUGGAUGAAGACAGUUGGAGUGAUGGAGAACAAGAGCCCCUUACUGUGGAUCAGACAUGGAGAGGUGAUCCUGACAGUGAAGCAGACAGCAUAGACAGUGACCAGGAGGAUCCCCUGAAACAUGCUGGUGUGUACACUGCUGAGGAAGUGGCAUUGAUCAUGAGAGAGAAGUUGAUCAGGUUGCAGUCUUUGUAUAUCGAUCAGUUCAAACGGCUUCAACACCUCCUGAAAGAGAAGAAACGCAGGUACCUGCACAGCCGCAAGGUGGAACAUGAAGCCAUAGGUAGCAGCCUCCUGACAGGCCCAGAGGGACUUCUGACUAAAGAACGUGAGAACCUGAAGCGGCUGAAGUACUUGAAGCGGUAUCGACAGCGCUAUGGUGUGGAGGCUCUUCUGCACCGGCAGCUGAAGGAACGCAGAAUGCUAGCCACUGAGGGUGCUGCCCAGCAGGCACACACCACUCGUUCCAGCCAGAGAUGUUUGGCCUUUGUGGAUGAUGUUCGCUGUUCCAAUCAAUCUCUCCCAAUGACAAGACAUUGCCUUACUCAUAUUUGCCAGGACACCAAUCAGCUUCUCUUUAAGCUGUGCCAAGGGUCAGAAGAAGCACCCUGCAGCAAGCCAGUGCCUGUAAGCCUUUCUGAAGAUCCCUGCUGUCCACUCCAUUUCCAGCUACCACCUCAGAUGUACGUUCCUGAACAGGUACUGUCUGUUCCCGAUGAGCUGGAAGCUGCUUCUAUGGAUCUGUACUUGAGCGCAGCUGAACUCCGGCCUACAGAGAGCUUGCCACUGGAGUUCAGUGAUGACUUGGAUGUUGUUGGAGAUGGCAUGCAGUGCCCCCCUUCUCCCCUCCUCUCUGAUCCUACUGCUGUUCUUGAGAACCAGUUGAAUAAAACUGUUGCUGAAGCCCCCAUAAACAUGCAUUCAAAUGAAGAGUCUUCUCAGCAAGGUCUUCUGAACCAGGCAGUCCAGCCAGGCAGAGGAGGCUUUUCCAGGCAAGCUGCAUCUCCUGUCGCGGAGUCUCAGCCAGAGCUACCAUUGCAGCAUAAACAUCAUCUUGUGACAAGUUGGUCUGGACCAGAGGAGAGCAAAAAGGAAGAACCUGCAACCAAUGGGAAUUCAGAACCAGCUCCCAACAGCUGAUAGAACUCUCAAACAGAUGGGGGAUCCACCUGCAUGACGAAGCAUCUGCUGUUUUUUGGACUCCUCUUGGCUGUAUUCCUCAAUCUCCCUAUUACAUCUUUGCAGAUUAGUAAAAGGCCAUGUGACAGACAAGUUUUGAAUGCUUUUCCAUUGGCCUUCUUCAGAUCUUGCUCAGUUACGGUUGCCUUUUACACUUAAAAAAAAAACAGUAUCUGAUAAUAUAAUAUGGAGAAAGCAUGGACAAGUUGCUCGGUUUUUAAUACAAACACUAGGAGGCAGUGCCUAGUUUUAUUCUUAGUCACAGUAAUAAGCUCAGAUAAGAGGAAAUGGCUUGGAAUAUUUCCCGUACCUGGAUUAUUGGGAGAGUGUGUUCAAAUACUGGUCUUGUCUAUACUAAAGGAGGGGCCUUCUGUUAGCUGAAUUGUACAGUAGCACAUUCAUGCUUGAUCAUGCCAAGGCUGCUACAUGUUUGUCCUGUUUUUUCUUUCUCUCUGGCACUGAUGUCUGUAAACGGGCUCCUACCUGUAGCUUUAACUUGUAUACAAAUCCCAUCUAGUAUUAAAAAAAUAGACACUGGAUAAAAGCUUUAUAGUAUCCUAUCCUGUAUGACUUUACACUGUCCCCCUACACUGUCAAAAGAAAAUAAACUAAAGAACCAAUGUAAAAAAUUGUUUAGUCACAAGGUUAAGUAGACGGGGGGGGAGGGGAGGAAACAGAAUUUUCCCUUUGGAUUCAUGCUUUCAAGUAACAGGAACAGAGAAGUAUCGUUUUUUUAUUCACAAUUGGUAAAGUGACACCAUUGCUUCAGAAUACAAUAGAAACUAAACAUUCCUUUCCCUGAUGCCUUUGUACUGGAGGAGAUACAAGUACAAAGCAAGAUGUUUUUUCGGAGAUGAAGUGCAACUUCUUGGAACAGUUCUUUGUUUUUUGUUGAAAUAUGCUGCAUGACAGGGAUAAUUUGAGGUGAGCUGUAUGCAGUCAUACAGCUAUUAACUGGCUUUUUGGGCAGAUGUAGACUUGUGUGUGUCCCCAUGUGACAUGAGAACAGAUUGCUCAGAGCAUUGGAAGUAGGGUGUGUGUUUAACCACUAUCAUAAAUGACUUCUUUCAGGUUGUGCAUUGCAGUACAGAGCAUGUGCUCUCAUGCUGCCCAUGCCCAGCAGCAUCCAGCAGAAAUGCACAAGUUCAUGUUUCACCCCUUCCAAAGGCACUCAGUAUUGUUGGUAGCAGACCUUUAGUUUGGGGAGAAAGGUACUAAUGGAAGUUCAACAAAACCCAUAUUUAGUGGGUAUUAUAUUUUAAUAUUAUCUUAUGUCUGAUAAAUGCAAAUGCAACAAUAAAUAAAAAAUGCACACACUUA